CCCACUUUCACGAAAGGAAUAACAACCGACUCGUGAUUCACAUAUCGUGAAUAUACCGAGCAGUGCUACCAAAUGAGGAAACAAGAAAUAGCCACCAUCCGAGUGCGAUGAAUGAUCUGCGAUGGCUUUCUAUUCGAACUUUUCAAGAGCAUUUCGUUUCAACAAAUUCCUUCAAAAUCUUGGAGAAAAGUGGCAAAGAAAAAAAUAUGUAACCCCGAUACGAUUUCAUCGAUCAAUAGCAAGAAACGUUAGCAAUUUUGAAAGUUCGAAGCGAGUGGUUAAAGCUGUUCUCAUCUUGUCUUACAAGCCUCAGCAUCGAACGCAAAUUUAUGAAAACGAUCUGUUGGCAAAGAAUACGGAAUACGAAAGUUUUUUUGAUAUAAUCUUAAUCGUGGCAAGAAUUCUUGUGAUAGGUUCUAUUCUUACUGGAUUGACUGUCAUAUAUUUGAUCACACGUUUUACACAUGGACACGUGUUUCCGAUAAUCCUCCGGAAAGGUAUCGAAUUUCUCGGGCCAAUUUUUAUAAAAUUCGGUCAAUGGGCGUCAACAAGAAAAGAUUUGUUUCCUGAAGAUGUUUGUCGUACGCUGUCAUUAUUGCAACAUAACGCUUCCGCACAUUCUUGGAUUUAUACAAAGCAAUUGCUUAAAGCCAUAUACGGCUCGAAUUGGAGGAAUAUAUUCGUAAAAUUCGAACACGAGAUGCCUAUCGGAUCAGGGUGUUGUGCUCAGGUGUAUAAGGCAUGGGUAGAUUUGAAUGCUCGAGUGGAUGUAACGCGAAAACCUCAAAUACCUGCAUUUAUUCAAAUUAUCGAAUACUUAAAAUUUGGCUCGUUAAUCAAUUUCAUUGAGAAAACGUUGAAUAUUGACGAAACAGAUAAGAACGUUAAUGCAUAUGUAAGUCGGAAGCUACAACCAGUAGCGGUUAAAAUUUUACAUCCUGGAAUUAAAGGACAACUAAGAAGAGAUCUUUGCAUAAUGAGAGGGAUUUGCAAAUGCGCGACAUAUAUCGUGCCCCAAUUGCAAUGGCUCAGUCUUAACGAUUGCAUCGAUGAAUUUUCACAAAUAAUGGAAAAUCAAGUUGACAUGAAUUUGGAAGCACAGAAUUUGAUUCAGUUUUCGAAAAAUUUUUCGAGGAAAAAGGAUGUCAUAUUCCCCCGGCCCUACACAGAUUUUACUCAACGCGAAGUUCUCGUGGAAAGUUUUCACGAAGGUUUUCCAAUUUCCGAUUAUCUCGAAGAUCACGAUACAACAUUGCAAGGAAAGCUGGCUAAGAUAGGGAUUAAAACGAUUUUAAAAAUGGUAUAGUGCGGUCUGUCAACACGAUUGGUAUCGUGUCGAGUAAUUCUCAUGGACUUCUUAAUUAAUUACAAUGAAUUAUCGGGAAAAUGGCAGGUGUUUAAAGACAACUUCAUUCACUGUGAUUUGCAUCCUGGUAAUAUCUUGGUACAGACAAGUCGCGAACCUAUUGGAAAGAUUAGCGCUUGGUUUUGGAAAUUUAUUGAUCGGAAGUACUUACCGACUUAUCCACGCUUGGUCAUACUCGAUUGUGGUUUGGUAGUGUCUCUGAACGACCGCUGUCGACAAAAUCUUAAGAAUGUCUUCCGAUCGGUGCUCAUGGGAAACGGUGAAAUGGCAGCGGAAUACAUUCUGGAACAUAGUUCGCGCGUAUCCCCCGACCCAGACGGUUUUAAGAAUACAAUGAAAGAUAUCGUAAACUCGCAUCUUCGAAGUAGAGUCAAUGUAAUCUUCAAACAUUUUCAAAGACACGAGCGUAUAACGCGAGAAAUAAUGGUCGAAAUCGAUCAAAACCCUUUCAGAGGAACGUUUGAAAAUGUUACAGGUAGACGUGAGUACCGUUGUGACUGAAUUGUUUUCCGCGAUGGUUCGGCAUCGUGUGAAGCAAGACGGAACCUUCAGCAGCGUGAUUCUCAGUAUGGUAGUGAUC